GCCCGGAUGAGGAGUAACGCCAUUAUUGCCAGAGCCGCCGAGAGCUCUCGCGGACGGCGACUGGACACAGGACGGCCGCGCCAUGAGACUCCUCCCCCACCUGCUUCUGCUCCUCUUGCUCGCGUUCCCCGCCACCCUCUUGCUCCGAGGCGGCCAUGGAGGCUCAGUAGCAGCAGCUCAAGAUCUUACAGAAGAUGAAGAAACAGUGGAAGAUUCAAUAAUUGAAGAUGAGGAUGAUGAAGCAGAGGUGGAAGAAGAUGAACCCACAGAUUUGGCAGAAGAUAAAGAGGAAGAAGAUGUAUCUGGUGAACCUGAAGCUUCACCAAGUGCAGAUACAACUAUUCUAUUUGUGAAAGGAGAAGAUUUUCCAGCAAAUAAUAUUGUGAAAUUUCUGGUAGGCUUUACAAACAAAGGUACAGAAGAUUUUAUUGUUGAAUCCCUAGAUGCCUCAUUCCGUUAUCCUCAGGACUACCAGUUUUAUAUCCAGAAUUUCACAGCUCUUCCUCUGAACACCGUAGUGCCACCCCAGAGACAGGCAACUUUUGAGUACUCCUUCAUUCCUGCAGAGCCCAUGGGCGGACGACCCUUUGGUCUAGUCAUCAAUUUGAACUACAAAGAUCUGAAUGGCAAUGUAUUUCAAGAUGCUGUCUUCAAUCAAACAGUUACAAUUAUUGAAAGAGAAGAUGGGUUGGAUGGAGAAACAAUCUUUAUGUAUAUGUUCCUUGCUGGUCUUGGGCUCUUGGUUGUUGUUGGUCUUCAUCAACUCCUGGAAUCUAGAAAGCGCAAGAGACCCAUACAGAAAGUUGAGAUGGGUACAUCAAGUCAGAAUGAUGUUGACAUGAGUUGGAUUCCUCAGGAAACUUUGAAUCAGAUCAUGCAAAGUAGAAGAGAUAAAGCUUCACCAAGAAGGUUGCCCAGGAAGAGGGCACAGAAGAGAUCAGUGGGAUCUGAUGAGUAAAUGUUCCUUUGUGCAACAAUUCAGUCUUUACUUAACCUGCCCUAAUAUUUUUCGGCCUGAUGGGAAUUAGUGCAGAGAAGCCAUAUCACCAUAGAAGGCAACUACUACUUAUGUGUGGACUGAGCAAUCAGAGUCUGUGGCGAUAAUAUUGUUGAAAGUGCACUGCAUUUAUUUUUCUAAAGUAACAAAUUUGUUUUGUUUUUUUUUUAACCAUUAAAAUCUAUGUGUGCGUGUGUAUGUAUGUGAGCAGUCGGUCUUACCAGAAUCAUCGUUGAACUACCUGAAGCAUGCCUUUAGAAUACUGCAUAUAAUGUUAUUGCCUCUUUCUUAUUGACAUAUUCUGAUAUUUUCUCCUCCAAGUCAGUAUUUGCCCAAUAUGAUUAUGGAUGUCCUGCCUUGGACUACUUUAAAGAAAAAAACAAUUUGCUUCUUCCUUAGAAUCCCAAUUGAUGACACAAAUUAGCAUUUGGUGGUUAUUGUUGCUGUUUGAGAACUAGUAUUCUAAAGGCACAAGCAGGAGCAGCUGCUUUUAGCAAUAGUUGUUUUGGUAUUUUGCUGCUGUUUACUAUAAUAUGCACCUUCAGAACACUUCCCAAAUGAGUUCAAGGGAUUUGGGGAUCUCUAGCCACAAAAUUGUGAAACAUGAAAAUUCUUGAUUUUGAUAUAUAAAAUCCACCUCACUCUCUUUUUAAUCAAAAAGAAAAUGGUGUGUUUGUGGAAACUGAGUUGUUGUGUUGUCCAUUGUUGUUCUAUUUCUUACCCAAGGGAUAGCUUUGGGAUUUUAGACAUACUUAGUUAUUUUUUUUAAGAGGUCAUUUGUCUCUCCUUAGUAGAAGCAUUUUGCUUAAGAAAAGUUGCCUUGGCUACAGACUAAAGCAAAAGGUCAGUUUGUUAGGGCAGAGAUAUAUUCCAACUAAUUCCAAUCUGUUAAAAAAAAGUUAGUUGGGUAUUUUUUAAAUGGUUAACCAAUUGUUUUUUAGCUAAUCUUUUGGGGAUUUGGGUUGUUGAUAAUAACCUUUUCUUAGUUAAUCUGAAGAAUUUCAAAAUUUUAAAUACUCAUUAUUUAAAAACCAGCAUUAAAUUGGACUUCAUAAAAUUCUCUUAGAGAGUUACUCUUAUCCUAGGUAGUAAAUUAAGUUUGGCAUUAUUGUCAGACUAGAUAAAGGCUAAAGUAUAUUAGUAUGAAGAAAUAAGAGGAUUUCCCCCUCUUUCUUUAAGCCAUAUUUUUCUGUGUAUAUUUUGUAAGGAAAUGGUACGUGAAAUUUUAGUGGCUGUUUAAUUCCUGUUUGUCUUCAUUACAAUCUCCACCUGCACCUAUGCCCACCCAAAAACAACAAAACAAAACACAAAAAAAUCUUUCCAAGUUGCUUGAGUAUUUAAACAUCUGAGCCAAAGUCAAUGACAAUAACAUAGAAGUAAUUGUAUAGUUUAUUAAUCACCUUGCAAGUAGGGGUGAAGGUGUCAAAUUAUCCGUGUUGGCAUUGCUAAACUAUAGAUUUUCUAUACCUGUAAUGUAAAGUGUCUGAGUUUUUAAUUGGGCUGUAUAAUCAGUAGUUUAUUUGGAAACAGGUCUUUGAGCUCUAAGAAACCACAUGGAUUUUUUGUUUAAUGUAAUAAGGAGACCCUCCACCUUCUCAAGGAAUGAUUCCCAAAUAUUUUUGUGAAUGUUCAAGUUUGUAAAACUACUAGAACAUAAUGCAGUGAGGUCUAAUUACAAAAUUUAAAUGACCUCUAGAGAAUUUUAUCAAAUACCUGGUAACACAGAGGAAAUGGCAAAGCCACACUGAUUGACAGGUGCCAGCCCUUCUGACUCCUAAGUAAUUUGCCUUACAUACCAGCCCCUCCACUUCUGAGGUUCAAGAUGGGGCCUCAGAAAUUAUUUGUCAUGUUUUAUUUUUUUAGCAUAGAUUGAGAACACUUGAAAACUCAGAUGCCAGGGGUCUUCUGUAGUAUCAGUAAGCGUUUAGCAGGAACUAAUUCUGUAAUAAAUGGAAUUCAAUUCCACACAUGGUUUGUUCAAGCACACUUAAUAAGUAGCCUAUUUUUUAAAUGUAAAUAUUUGGAUUGAAGUUUUUGUUUGUUUUGAUAUAUUCAUUUGCUACAUCAACCAUGGUUUGAGAAUUUACCUUUUGAACAACUUGGUUUCAGAAUCUGUAAAAUGAACUAAGAAUCUUGUGUAUCAAUUCAGAUGUGUGAGAAUAUGUGUUUAUAAAGAGUGGAUCUUUAUAAAGAUCUUUGAUUGUA